UACUAGCGUCGCGCCAGUGUACAGGCAAACGCCGUACGAGAUAUACAAUCGUAUCGUUCUUGUAAUCGCACUGCUGCGAUCUACGGUCCGCGCACUAAUGUUACGGGCAGUUUACCAUUAAUAAAUAUCGUUUUAAUCACAUAAAAAAGAAAAUAUGAUAAUAAUGCUAACAGACUCUAAAAUACUGUGGGGACUAUGGCAAGUGGUGAGCUACUGUGCAUCGCGAACUUCUUUAACGCUGCUGUUGGCAGCCGGCGUCUUGUUCUUGGUGGCGAAGCUGGUAACAACGUGGAAUGAUAUUCGCAAACUACCACCGGGCCCGUGGGCUCCGCCUGUAGUCGGCUACCUUCCAUUUCUUGGAGUUCGGCAUAAAACCUUCCUGGAACUUGCUCAAAGUUAUGGCUCACUAUUUUCAACUAGACUCGGUAAUCAACUGACAGUGGUUCUCAGUGACUAUAAACUUAUUAGAGAAGCUUUUCGUCGAGAAGAAUUUACUGGCCGUCCAAACACACCACUGAUGCAUACAUUGGAUGGUCUCGGCAUUAUCAAUAGCGAGGGUCGCCUUUGGAAGAAUCAACGCCGCUUUUUACAUGAAAAACUUCGCGAGUUUGGAAUGACUUAUAUGGGAAAUGGAAAGAAGAUUAUGGAGAGUAGAAUUAAGAAUGAAGUAUACGAGCUUAUCAAUAAUCUCUAUCGAUCAGAAGGCUCCCCGGUUGACGCAAAUCCUUUGCUCUCCUUAGUUGUAUCCAAUGUUAUCUGCGGCAUCACUAUGUCCGUGAGGUUUACUCCUGGAGACGCUAGAUUUAAAAGGCUUAAUUUUCUUAUUGAAGAAGGUAUGCGCCUUUUCGGAGAAGUCCACUAUGGAGAAUAUAUUCCACUUUAUAACUAUCUUCCUGGAAAAGCUCAAGCAAAGGAGAGAGUUGUUAAAAAUCGCGCAGAAAUGUUUGAAUUUUAUCAGACGUUGAUUGAUGAGCACAAAUCUACAUUGGAUUCAAAUAAUAUAAGAGAUCUUAUCGAUAUUUAUCUUAUUGAGAUUGAUAAAGCUAAAGAUGAAGGAAGGGAGGACGAACUCUUUGAAGGUAGAAAUCAUGACCUGCAUAUAAAACAGAUUUUGGGAGAUCUAUUUUCCGCUGGUAUGGAAACAAUUAAAUCUUCUUUAUUGUGGAUGAUUGUAUUCAUGUUAAGAAAUCCCGAAGUCAAAAGACGUGUUCAAGAAGAAAUAGAUACCGUAAUUGGACGUGAAAGACUUCCAUCUAUUGAAGAUAUGUCUCUAUUACCGUACACUGAAACUACUAUAUUAGAGACCCUCCGCAUGUCUAGCAUCGUACCUUUAGGGACAACACAUUCACCGACUAAAGAUGUCAGUCUCAAUGGCUACAAGAUUCCAGCUGGCUCACAAGUAGUGCCUCUAAUCAACUGUGUACAUAUGGAUCCCAAACUUUGGCACGAACCUAAACAAUUCAACCCCAGUCGUUUCAUUGACGAAAAUGGAAAGAUUAAGCGUCCAGAAUUCUUCAUGCCCUUCGGAGUAGGACGACGUAUGUGUUUGGGUGAUGUGUUAGCGCGCAUGGAAAUGUUUAUGUUUUUCGCUUGCAUCAUGCACCAAUUUGAUGUUCAGAUGGAAGACGGUGACAGCUUACCAUCUUUAGAAGGCACUGUUGGAGCGACAAUAGCACCAAAAGCUUUCCGAGUAAAGUUCAUAUCACGUGCACCACUCAUACUACCGCCGCCGCCCGUGCCUGACCACCCACAUCUACGUCACGUUGGCGCACAUUAGAUGGCACUGAUGUUUUUUUUGUUAUUUUUCAUACCCACCAGUAUUUAAUGAUCACUCGUUUUAGAGCGCAUCGUCACCAUUUAUUUAAGUAUAUAUUAUUAUAAGUGACGACAUCGUUUCUACGAUGAUCGAGGCUGUGCAUAAAGUGUUCAACAAUAGUAAACUGAAUGUUAAGUUCAGUUCAUUUUAGAUAUAAUGAAUAUUCCCAUCGUUGAUAUUAAUGUUGUAAGUGUAUUCAAACGUAGAUUUCUUUUAUUUUAUGUCUAUGCGAUAAUAAUCACACUAUAAUAUUGUUUUAAUUAAGAAUAUAUGAUGAUUAAGCUCUAGUACCUAUACCAAAUUAAUGUAUAUUCUAGGUCAUUAUUUAUUAGAAGCUUUGAUUGGAAGAAUGUGUGUUGAGUGUGAUCUCAUGUUUGUUGAAUUGUAGUUUUUAAUUUGCAAUUCGAUAUAUAACAUCAUAUUUUUAGAUACCUAUCAUGAACAACAUUCCGUAGUCUAACCACUGCAAACUAGUCUUAUUAAUUUGAUUUGAAUGUAAUCUGAGAUACCUAUCAUUAUUAAAACAAACUCUAUAUAUAGUUAUCAGUAUAUUUUUUAAAUUGUUAGCAACCAAGUUGCAGUAAAGUUCAAACUUAUAAAAAGUCUGUACUAUUUUAAACUCACCGUUAUUGGAUACCAAUACCUAUUUACCAUGCUUUGUAUAUAAUGCCUGUAUUUUAAAACUAAGUACUUUAAAAUAAAAAAUAAUGAAAUUAUUUUAAACCCA